AUGGGUAUCAAGGGCAUCCGCACUGCUUUAAAGGUUGAUCUUGAAAAGCCGGCAAGAGAUCAGCCGGGUCUACAUAACCGUUGGCACCCAGACGUUCCUUCUUGUGGAAAGAUCGCGAACAACGAGGUUGUAAAGAUUGAGUGUCUCGACUGGACGGGUGGGCAAAUCGGAAAUAAUGAUUCGGCCGAGGACGUAAAGAAUGUAGAUCUUACACAGAUUCACUACCUCUCCGGCCCCUUCGACAUUGAAACAGCCGAGCCAGGCGAUGUGCUGUUGGUCGAAAUCCAGGAUGUGCAACCAUUCCAGGACCAGCCAUGGGGAUUCACAGGAGUGUUUCAUCAUAAGAAUGGAGGAGGCUUCCUGGAUCAGCUAUACCCCAAAGCGGUGUGCCCCCUCGCCGAAGUCCUUGCGGAGUGGAACCGUCGUGAAGGCGAGCUGAUCGCAACGAAUACGGUCGAAGAUCGAAUUGUUGCGCAGCCUCCCAACCCACUGAACGCUCAUGCGGGUAGCGCUGCGGAUGAAAUUAAGGCGAAGGUCGCGAGAGAAGGAGCUCGAACCAUUCCAGGACGUCCCGAGCAUGGCGGCAACUGCGAUAUCAAGAACCUUUCCCGUGGCUCAAAAGUGUACUUACCCGUCCACGUCCCUGGCGCGAAGUUUUCCGUCGGAGAUUUGCACUUCUCGCAAGGAGACGGCGAAAUAUCCUUCUGUGGUGCCAUCGAAAUGGCCGGCGAGAUCACACUCAAGUUCACCGUGAUCAAGAACGGCAUGGCGAAGCUAGACAUGAAAUCGCCAAUCUUCAACGCUGGACCCGUCGAGCCGCAGUUUGGUCCUGGGCGCUAUCUCACUUUCGAAGGAUUCUCGGUCGACGAGAAUGGAAAGCAGCAUUAUCUCGAUGCUACAGUCGCGUACAGACAGACUUGUCUACGGGUGAUCGAGUAUCUUCGCCGCUACGGAUAUAGCGAUUACCAGAUCUAUUUGCUUCUGAGCUGUGCCCCGGUCCAGGGACAUAUCGCUGGAAUCGUGGACAUACCAAACGCUUGUACUACUCUUGCGGUGCCAAUGGAUAUUUUUGACUUUGAUAUUCGGCCCGAAGCCGAGGUUGUGAAAAGAGAGAUGGGCGCAUGUGCCAUGACGGCUGAUUAG